UACACCGCAACACCAGCAUGGCUAGCACCAACUCCGCCCUCCUCCUCCUGGUCCUCGUGGCCCUGGCCGGCCUCGCUGAUCUCCAGGUCGCGGCGAGACCCGUCGACGUUGCAGCAGCGAAGCACCCGGUGACCGACAAUUCUGCUCCGGAGCUGGACGGGAUGAUGGAGUGCAUGAUCGGAUGCUUCACCACGGUGAUGAGCUGCGCCUUCGGGUGCAUGGGCAAGGGCCCCGACCUGCCGCUCUGCGUCAUCAGCUGCAACCAGAAGAGCAUCGUCUGCAUGAUCCGCUGCGGCCUCUCGCCCUCGCCACCGGGGCCCAAGCCGCCGGCGCCACCCGCACCCACCCCAAAGCCGCCCUCACCCAAGCCGGCGCCCCCCAAGCCGCCAGCGCCAGCGCCCGGCCCGCCUUACGCCGCCCACAACACUGAGACCUCCGUCUAGACUCCCAUGAUUACCAUGCACUUAUCACACCAGUCCAGUAUAUACCAAUUAACUUAAAAGAAGAUACGUAUAUAUCAUGGAGAUAUCCAGAGAUAUAUAUUAUAUAACUAGUGCUCGUUAUAUAGCUUAUUACUUAAUUAUAUCAUAUAUAUAUGACACUACGACUCAUAUAGUGAGUGCACUUAUACUAUAUUUAAGCUAUAUGUACAUUGGUACGAGACUACAUAAAUAUGUAAUGAUAGCUCAUUUAUAUGUAUUACUCCAUGGCCCCAAAA